UGUCCCGACUCAAAUUAACGAUUCAUCUUUCAUGAAUGUUUGUUGUCGCUGUUCGACUUUGUAAAAUACGUUCUAACUGGAUUUCAAUGGUAAAGGUUUGUUUUCUUGACAGGUCAAAAGAAAAGCAGCUGCCGGCAGAAUGGAUUUCAACUCAUGGAACAUCUUCUGGAAAGCAUGUUUCGCUUCGUUAGCGACUUUGAUCGUUGUAGGAAAUGUUCUCACUAUUUGGAUAUUCCUCAAGCAGAGACGUCACAAGCGAGCUUUCUCUCUUCUCAUUAGCUUAGCUAUAGCCGAUGUGUUGGUUGGGAUUUUGGCCAUCCCACUUUUUUUAAAAGUAAUGGUAUCGGAGGGAUAUGCAUGGUACGUGAUUUCCAUCGAUGCCGACGUAUUAACAGGCACAACGUCCAUCUACACUCUCGCUGUCAUUUCCCUGGAGAGAAUGUUCGCCGUUGGUUGGCCUCUCCGUCACAGAACUAUAAACUUCCAUGUUUACAUCUGCGCUAUUAGCAUGCCGUGGAUCAUAGCGGUAAUGUUUACCACUUUGAUGGUGUUUCAGCAGUUUGAUAUGAUAGGAAGGAGGAAACUCUCUUACAUUAUUCCUUUAAUUUGUGGAAUCCCUUUGUUAACUACGUGUGUAGCAAACAUUGUUGUUUGGAAGAAGCAACAAACGCCAUUUCGCAACCAGAAUCACAUUAAAAGAGAAGUGAAAUUGGCGAAGACACUAGCUCUCAUAACAGCAACAUCACUCUUAACAUGGCUUCCUUUUCAAAUUAUGAACAUUUUGUUUGAAUUGAAGGUCAUGGCAAAUUUCCAUCAUAUGGGGUUAACAGUGUUUAUUAUCAAACUUUUACAGUUUAGCAAUUCAUUUGUGAACGUGAUAAUUUAUCCGUUCAGAAUCCCAGAAUUUAAGAGAACUUUAUUCCAGAUACUUAAUUUUCGUGUAAUUCCCUCUUCAAGAUCCGAAUUAGAUGUGUCCUCAAUGAGAGUGACAAAUUCGACGUUCCCACUAUCAAACGUUCACCAGUAAAGUUCACUUGAGAACAUUUCGUUCUAAUCAGGCAUGUAGACUGGUAGACAAAGUUACAUUAGAUGUGGAAUAUCGAAUCAUGCGGUCAGUUGUUAGGAAAGUGGAUUCUGUCAGAAUUUCAGAGAAUAGUCUCACUUACAAAUAGAGUGGAGAGUAUAACUAUAUGCAUUGCAUGACGUAGUUUCAAAGGAGAAUAUUUAUGCUUCUCCACUUGAUGCUGAGCCGAUGAGUGCUAAAAGGCAAAAAUUUCGUCCGCAGAAAAGGACCUGCUAUA